GCAAAUACUGUCUGUCGAUCAAUAAAUCGGGUCGGGUCUGGCACUGCCGCAUACACUGCAAUAACAAUGGGGAAUAUUUCCUCAACAACUCGCACUCCUUCGCAACCGUGGAGACUCUCAUCACUUAUUACAUAACCAGCUAUUGCCUGAGAAGUUCAUCGGGCAUGGUCGUCAACCUGACCCACCCCGUCGCUCGACCUGGUCACGGCCACAACACGUUACAGGCCACUACAUCAGCCAGUUCUAUUUAUAGCGCCGGCAGAUUCUCCAACUCCUCACAGCCGCGCGGAGAUGCUGUGUCGCGGUCCUCGACGGCCGAUCUGGCGCCAGUCCCCUUGCUAGGUAACCAUGGCAACGGGCCUUCGAGGGGGAGUAGGUAUAGCACCGAGAGCCCCGAGGCGCCGGGGUAUAUGCGCUCCUCUACCCCACUCGGUACCGCUUUGACAAUGCGGGCGAAUACCGGGACAACUGCACCUGUGGCUUCGACAACGGGACGGUUCCCGGCGGCCCAAGGAGAAAGUACGUCACCGCCGCCGCUCCGAGCUAUGCCUAGGCCCAUUCCACGCACGAGGAGAGAGGUGCCUGUGCCCGUGCCUGUCACUGAUAGUAGGGAGCCCGACGACGAUGAUCUGUAUGUGAAUCAAGCAGACUUGCAUAGGACGCAGGAAGAUUUGUAUGUGAACCAGGCGGAGCUGUAUGGGAACGGCAUGGGGGGUGGGGCAGUGGGAGGUAGUAGUAUGGUGGAGGGUGAAGAAAGGCCCCCUGUUAGGCCCACCCGAACGAAAUCGUCGAGUACGUUGAGGCCGACGGAGUUUAAAGGUGCGGGGCGCACCAGGCUUACGAGUGCACACACACAACCGGCACUCUCCCAGACACAGCCACCAACACAGUCACAGUCACAGUCACAACCACAGACGCAAAUACCCAUUCGGCCUUCCACGCAGCUGAUUGCUCACUAUAAUGCACAACCCCGUACACAAGCUAGUAUGACAAUGGAGAGGCACGCUGCAGCAGCUGAUGCGCCUGCCAACCGCCAGAGAUACACUCAAGUCGUAGGUUGUGGGACUGGGGUUGGGGCUGUGCACGGAGAGAUGCGCGGAUCUGGUUACAGCGACGAGUAUGAAACAGAUUACUAUACGUAUGCUAUGGUACACACGACUAUGGAUGGGGGUACGACCCUGGAUACGGGUGGAGGUGCCAGUGUAGGUCCGAAUGCGGGUGCGAAUAGGCCCCCAAGUUUGGGAUCGGAGUCAUCUGCAAAUGCAGUUUCGAUAAAUGUUGAUUCAGUUUCGAGUGCGGGAUCGCUUGUACCGGCUCGAGCAAAUGCGAGUGUACCGCGGAAUACCGGUACGGCUCCUAGAUAUACCGGGACGAAGACCGGCUCAUAUACGUCACAGGAGCAAGCACGGGCCGACACAUACAGGCGCGGAGAUGUAUUGGCACCCAAUGGAGUACGCCCGGGGCGACCGCAAGAGAUCAAUGGUGUUCAGUCACAUACACAGACAAACUCACAGAUACAGCCACAGACACAGACACAGACACAGCCAGAGCAACCUGGGAACGAAGGCUUGCAGACAAAGGCAUCGAAUUGGCUCACGGCGGCCAUCCUGGCUAUCAUUAUGUCCGUAGAUACACUUGACCCAGGCAGUCCACACAACACUCCUGGCCAAGUGGCCACUACCAGCAGUCAGGGUGCGAACACAGGGCAAGCAGGUACGAGCACGGGCGACGCGGUUGCCAUGGCAUCGACGACCAGCGUGGGGGGCAGGCGCCCUCCUCCAUCGCCCAGUAGACGACCACGGGUGACCUCCAAAUCACCUACCCGCAGCACUUCACCCGUACCUACACCAAGACGCACAUCACCCGUACCUACACCACGACAAAGUGUGCCUGUACCCGCAAGCACCGCCAGACCAACCCUCACACCGCCCAUGCGGUCAUCACGACAACGGAUACCUACAUCCGGCAACAGGCGCAUGACCGCGCUCACGGGUCCGGAAGAGGGACGGGCUGAGGGGGUUGGGGUUAGUUACACUCAGCACACACCGAACCAUGCACAGGCCACACAUCCACAAGCACCUGCGAGGCAACAGGGACCCCCUGGUGGCCCUGAUAGUGGCUGGUAUGUAGACACGACGACGGUAGCCCCCUCGGCUACACACACGGCUACGACGGCCACCACUACGACCACCACCACUGUCGCUACCACCACUGUGACCAACAAUGAAGUGCACAUCACCAGUCAACCGCGGCCGUACAUUGUAGGGACGGCCCCGUCUGAUUCUGAUCUGGUUAGUGUUGGGUCGUAUACUGGGGUUAGAUCGGGUUCGGGCUCCGGCCCGAAUUCCGAGUCAAGUUACAUACCACAGCAUAGUGAUAGUAGUUUGAACUCACGUAUGUAUACGGAACGGCGGUCACCUUCUCCCACGGGUAGGUAUAAGCUAUCCCCAGUGCAGGGCCAGGAGAGGAGGGCGGUUAGACCUAGGCAAAUGGGGCAUAAUCAGAGCGGCAUGUAUGACGAGCUGCAGGAUAGGUCACCAACCCGCAUGGGCGGUCCGCAACCGGGACAGUCGAAUUCGCAUGUGGAACAAGAACAACUAGACCAACAACAAAGACCAACACAACAACAACAAUCAAACCAACAACAACCAUAUCACCUACCGACACAGGCCCAGUACCCCCAGCAGCGGCAAGACAAACAGGCCUACACAGCCCCUCAAGGCCGCCAAAGCCACGAUCCACAGACCCAACGUGCACGGCCAGUGAGCUCUGUCUCGGGCCAAGGCGAACGUUUUGACGGAAUGUUUGAGGUGCGCAGUCUUGUGAGUCCUCCAUGUCACACCGCGAGCGAUUCCGAGGCGUUGCACGCGCAGGUGGUGGCACAGGGCAGUCCUUUGGCCUAUGCGCAGCACGGGGGAGAUGCCGUACCACAGGCAGGGCUGACUGGCCGGGGUGUAGGUAGUGGUGGCGGGGCGGUGCAGGGACAUGCAUCGCAGAUGUCGACGCCAUACCUUCCGCAGCAACAACAACAACAUCAUCAGUCACAGCCGUACGAACGACAGUACUCGCCGCGGUCGAAUCAACCGAUGUAUAUGCCCGCCGAAGAGCAGCCACGGCAGCAACAACAACAACAGCAGCAUUUGCCACAGCACUUUGUGUAUCCUGGCCAGGCGCAAGUGACUCAGCCCCAGUCGCCAUUGUACACAGAGAGGGGCCGACAAGCCAGUUCACUGACACGGGGACCUGAUAGCCAACGGGAUAUGUACAGGGACAUACAGUACGAACCGCAGCAGCAACAGCAACAGCAACAAGGGUAUAGCCAGCAGAGACAGUUGGCCGGGCCAGCUGAGCUAAGACCAGGGGGCAAUAUACCGGCCUAUGAGAACCUCUUGGACGAUACAGCCGACAGCCCUCCCCUCAGAGCCCCGCCUCCACAGCAACGGACUGGCCAGGCGCACACAGUGAAUGCACACACUCCAGAUACACACACGCAGGAUAUGGACACACCCAGUUCAACCAGCACAACUGCCCCGGCUAUGCACGGCAAGGACUAUAGUCUGACGCCGGCGGAGAAGAACGAGAAGAGGGCCAUGGGCGACAACCAUCCCAGUCACAGCCAUAGUCACAGCCACACUCACAGUGGGUUUAGUAGUGGUAAGAAGAGUGGGAGCGCGAACACAUCUCCGAUGACAAACCCGUGCGAAAAGGGGAAGCUCAAGCGGUUCAUCUCGAAGAAGCUUAGCAAUAGCAGUCAUAGCAGCAUCAAGUCCAUCAACAGCCCCAGUCUGCGUAGCGCCCCCGGGUGGAAACCCUCACUCAGCGCGGAUAGUAGUAUGGAAGGCAGUGAUCGCAAUCAGAGUAUGCACACCCCCGGGUAUAUCGACUCGGAUUCCAUGCAGCCGUCCGAUGAUUCUGUAGGGCCCGGCCACGUGAUGACUCAUAGCAGUCAACCGAUAGAGCCUGUGCAGGAGAUGAGUUCUGACCAGCCUGUACACGUGAAUUGCCGGGCCCCUAUCCCGGGGUACCCGAUGCCAACACAGUCGCGAAACGAUGAGAUGCAGCAGAAUGCCACAGAUAUGUAUACACCCGAUGGUAUGGAGCCUAGUAUGGCUUAUGCCGAGCCGCACACUGAUCGAGUGGUUGCGGCAGGACCGAACUUCCCGCGAAAGACGUCCAUUCAGUCGAACACAGUCACCUAUAACACUUCUGGUGAUUCGUAUGCGAGUACGAAUACUGGGGUGGAGAACGGGAUGGGAUACAGCGGGGCCGGUAUAUACUCAAAUGGUAGCCAUAUAGAAGGGACGAAUUCAAAUACACACUACCAAACCAGUACUGAUAGCAAUGGCGAAGUUAUGAGUUUGUAUGGCAACAUUCCUGAAAUAGAUUUUGGAGCGAGGAGCGAAAAUGCUAGAAAUGAAAUCGACAUCCCUGUUGUUAAUGCAGAAUCGAGUGUGUACAUGAUCACGAAUCCAAAUUCAAAAUCAAAUUCGAAUGGCACCUCGAAUGUGGCUGCGAGUUCGGAGCCGAAGCCCAAAUCAAAGUCUAAUGAAUACGGCAGUGUGAUUCGGAAACCGGUGAUGGGCGUACGACACAAGGAGCGUCCCAACACGCAGCACACACCAGACACCGGUAGUCCCGCUUUAAGUCCCGGUAUUCAGCAGGGAAAUGGGAAUGCACCCGCCGAAGCGGCUGGGCGGUAUGUGCCGCAGCAGUCCCAGGAAAACGCUUCGCAGGAUAGUGAGCAGUCGAUAACCAGAUCAGCAAAUGGGCCCGAGCGUGGGCCCGCUCCAUCUCAACCGGACCCUAAGCUGCAGGCUAUGCUAUACCAACAACAGCAGCAACAGCUACAGCAACAGCACCAGUUGGAGCGAGCCCAGCAGUAUCAUCCGAUGCAACAGACCUCUCAGGAGUAUGAGCAGGGAUAUCAACAGCCACCACCACCAGCCCACCCGCAGAGCUCUAAGGAGAAGAGUGGCGGCGGCUUUCUCAACCGGUUGGGAUCCAAGCGGAUUGAACGCAGGACCAUGACCAAGGAGAAGCUACAGGCGUAUCCUAUCGCGCAUGGUAGCGACCACGUGAUGUUGCCCAAUACGCAGUCACAUCCCUUUCCCACGGGGAAUGCGGGUACUCGUGUGGGUGGCCGGGAGGUGAUGGGCGGUGGGACGAGUGCGAGUGUGGGUAACUUCGAGAAGAAGUUCGGUACUUAUUCAGACAAUCGGGGCCAUUAUGCGAACACGCCAUCGCCUACGGAUAGGGAGAACAGCUCGCCCAAUCAAAAUACAGAGGACAAAGACAAUGCGGCAAUUUCAUUCGCGCAGAGCGAUAUCUCCUUUUCUGCGAUUACGCCUCACGGCAGCACUGGGCUAGCCAAGAAGGAGAAGAGCAAGGGCUGGUUCAAGAUACGUGGGUUUAAGAAGUCAAACAAUCAAUAGAAGGGGCGUUACUUACCAGUGAUAGAUAGAGAAACCUGCGGUGCGUGGCAGCGGAUACGAGGUUGUCUGUGUGUGUGUUGUACACACAUGCUGGACGACUCAUCGCAUGAGUACAUGUAGCCAACAUGGAGUAUACCAUGGAGUAUGACAAUGAGUACGGCGCACGCAUGCAGCAGGAGAGUGCCGUGAUGUGCAUAUUUGAAGGCUAAACAGGAGCUGAGGUAGACCUGAUGAAUAUAAUCUCUUGUGUACCUGUACAUACAACCGCGGCUAGAAAAGUACAGGGGAUCCAACAAUAAAUAUGGCCAAAUAUCAAUAUACA